AUGGAAUCUACCGAGGAGAGAUGGUUGCCGGGACAUCCACGCAUAGCCCUCGACGACCGACGAGAAGUUCUGGACUUCGUAGCUCGCGAUCUGUGCCCAUUAGAACUUGACGAGAUGGCGCCAUAUCUGUGGUGGAUGGCCAAACCUGAAAGCUCAAGCAUUUCCUCUCUCCACCAGCACAGACUCAAAGGGCGGACCAUUGUCGUCGCUGAGGACCCAAAACUGCACUUAACGUGGAUCGGCGACAAGGUCUACAUCAAACCUCUACCGGCAUACAUUACAUCCUACCACUUUUGGACACGAUAUUUCGAUGGCUCGCAGGAUGAAGUGCCCGAGACGAUGGAUGCAUCACGGCGCAUUAGGAGAUCAGCCCUGGGCUUGCUGAGGUCUUACUUCCAUCUUAUCCAGCAUGAAUCGGACUUCAAAAUCGCGCAGGAACCCGGCAUCUCCGUGCUGCCAGAGCAUAUCACUUGGAAAGGCUUCUGUCGCUUCUCUUCUGGCUUCGGGCAUAUUCUCGAUAGCGAGGUCUCCGCCCGAUAUCGCUACGGCGAGCUCCGACUUGCGCGCUUGAACUUCUACGCCCCGAUCUUGCUGCGAAAAGCGCAGUACUACCGGACGCAUCGCGAGUAUGGGAAAUACUUCGAGGAGCUGUGCCGGCCGUGGUUUUUUGUCUUUGGCUUCAUGACGGUCGUGUUGGGUGGGCUGCAAGUUGCUAUUGCCGUUGAGCAGAUUGCCCACGGCACGGUUGAGGAGAAGGCGCUUCAGGCGCAGUCAUGGAUUCGAGCCAGCCUAGUAUUGAGCGUAUUGAUGGUGGUGUGUGUCUUCAUGUUUGUUGCUUGCUUGGCUAUCCUGUACGUUUCCAAGAUUGCGAACGAAUGGCAGUAUGCUGUGAGAGAGAGGUUCCACCGCCGUAAAAGCGGGUACCAAUCGUAG